AACUUUCUAACUCAUCUCUGUCGAAAGUGCGUUUAGGGUGUAAUGUGCGUGCGCAUUUUCUUAAAUGUCCUUGCACGCCACAAACAAAUGUUCACCUGCAAUCGUGAAUUUUUUAGAAUAUUCUGAACAGUUUCCAGUUCCUGUGAAGGUUCACUGCACGUGGAGAAGUUAACGGUUCUUAGCUUAACCUCAUUCGACAGUGGCAACGAUGUGACUGCAGCGAUUCCUUGUUUUGACGCGCACAAAAAUGGCGGAUGCUAUAUUUAUCACGCAUUUUGUGCUCUUGUUGACAUUCAAAUUGUGUUCAGGUGACAGACAGAAGACUGCAUUGCUGGACGAUGACUUAUCUCACGACAGCGAGGAACCACCCGAAACACGGGAGCCAUUUGAUUAUAGGUUUAGUAGUAACGUGCAGACUCAGCGACGUUUUAAAUGCCAUUCCUGUGAAGGACCUGACUGCAGUCACUUAGGAGUCUGUCAUGACGCAUUGACUUGCUGGAAAUCCAGAAUACGUGAAUAUGAUGGUACUGAAAGGGUUAGUCGAGGAUGUACUACUCUUCCUGAUCAAACACAUUUCAUGUGUAGUAAACAGCAACUGCCCACACGUGAUACAGAUGGUAACGGAAGAAAGAGGAAUGCAACAAGUGGUGCACAGUAUCGAAUUGAAUGUUGUCAAGCUGAUUUUUGCAAUAGUGGACCAUUUCCCUAUUUGCAAACUGACACAAGCAGUAGAGACGGAGAAGAUUAUGCAGCAAAAUUGACCCUAGCAAUAUUGGGGCCUAUGGUUGGUUUAGGCAUCGUAGCUGGAGGGGUUCUCUUUUGUCUGUUGGUUAGAAGAACUCGCAGAAAACAUCCUUCUGCACCGCGACGUAGUAAGCUUCUUAUGGAUUCGGAGAUGGAACCUUCCAUACUUCAUUUUACAUCUCCUUCUCCAACUUCAACUACAACUUAUCAUCCACACGAAUUCAGGGCGACUGCAGCUGGUGACAGCACACUUAAAGAAUACUUAGAUGGCAGAAGUUUAACCAGUGGUUCAGGAUCGGGAUUACCAUUGUUGGUACAAAGAACAUUAGCAAAGCAAGUGGCAUUGGUUGAAUGCCUUGGCAGUGGUGGUGGCGGAGGGUUUGGUGGUGAAGUUUGGCGCGGAGUAUGGCAUGGUGAAAACGUGGCUGUGAAAAUCUAUUUCUCACGUGAUGAAACGGCCUGGUCUCGCGAAACCGAAGUGUAUUCUCAACUGUUACCAUCUCGACAUGAUAACAUCUUGGGAUACGUUGGCAGUGACAUGACGAGUCGUGCCAGCUGCACCCAGUUAUGGCUUGUUACUCAUUAUCACCCUCUUGGCUCUCUAUAUGACCAUUUGAAUCUCUCACCGCAUCCACUUACUCAUCAUCAAACUUUAAAUAUAUGUCUGAGCAUAUCCAACGGUUUACUUUAUCUGCACACUGAGAUUCACGGGACAAGAGGAAAGCCAGCGAUGGCGCAUCGCAAUUUGAAAUCGAAAAAUAUUCUCGUCAAAACUAACGGUAGCUGCGUUAUUGCUGACUUUGCUUUGGCUGCAACGCAAGAUCGCCUUAUCACCGAUAGAGUUGAUCUUCGCCAAGGUACUAAGCGUUACAUGAGCCCAGAAGUACUUGAACAAAUAUUGAAUAUAGAGUGUUUAGAAAGCUUUAGAAGAGCAGACAUUUACAGUCUUGGAUUGAUCCUUUGGGAAGUUUGUCGACGCUGCAUUAGUCACGGUGUAGCGCUGGACUAUGCUGCACCCUAUUCUGAAUGGCUUCCAAAUGGUAGUCAAGAACCGUCCAUCGAAGAGAUGCGUAAACUAGUAUCACUUGAUCAACGCAGGCCACCACUGCCUAAUAGGUGGCAUUCCGAUUCUACCUUAACUGGAAUGGGUAAACUCAUGAGAGAAUGCUGGCAUGGAAAACCUGCAGCUCGACUUCCAAUUCUCAGAGUAAAGAAGACUCUUGUCAAGUUAGCGACGAAUGAUCUGCGUGUUCAUUUACCUCUCGAUUGACCAGCAAUUCUUCGAGUGAACUUUACUUCGCACACGUAUUUAUUAUUAUUGUUAUUCCAUCGACUGGUCAUUCUCAUAACUUCAAUCAUUGAUAUCGUUUGUCAUUCAUUGUCUUCGCAUCGUUACAAAAGAGGAGUAGGAAAAUAUCGUCAGUCGACAUAUCAUAGUAGCGACGCCGAUAGAUUUCUAGCUUCACUGUGUUGAGCCCUUGUGUUUCAUUUGUGUUCCAUCGCUCCCUAGUGUAGUCAGAGUGUUCAACAAAUCAAUGUACAAAUUAUAUUGCCUAUAUUAGCGGAACCAGUACAGCUGUACAAUUGGUAGCUGUCACUGACUGCUGAUAGAUUGUAAUAAGGUGAACAUAAAGUGUACAGUGAAACGCAGCGGAUUCCGAGGGCGCUCGGUAUAGAUCUCUAGUUGUAUUUUCCAUGUUACCUAGUAGUUGUUUUUAAUUUUCAUGUUUCGUAUAUCAUUAUAAAUCAUUGUUAUCACCAUUAUCAUAUCGCGUGUACAUAAUAUCCUGUUUUUACGCGCCACCCUUAUAUCAUUUGCAAUAUUAUUGAUAAUCUCGAUCGUCGAAUCGAAAGAUGUUGUAAAUAGCAUAUUUGUAUUAAUAAUAGCUAGUAUUAAUUGUAAUCAUGAAUAAUGCAAAUAAUCAAUACGGAUAACAGGAAAGUGUAUGGUAUAAUACAGCUAUAUACAAAGACAGUAUUUAGCUCAAUUAUUUACAUUAUCCUUAAAUCAUGAAAUGUCUAAUAAAUAAUUUAUAAAGGAAUUGGUUUAAUUGGUAGAUAUUGGAUUUUUCAAAUUCAGAUGGAUGUAUUCAUAUCUUACAAACAUUAUGGCAUAUUUAACAUUGAUUUAACUUAUUUUAGGUAGAAAACGCUUCAGUACAAAAAUAAAGAUUUUAACGGUAA